AUGACCACCGUUUUCGUGGAAGGAAAUUUGGAUGAUGUGGAAUUUGAAAUGCAAGAAACAGAAAAUGAUGUAGAAGUUACAUUAGAUGACCAACGCAAGGCAAUGCUGACUCAAAAAGAUAAAGAUGAUAGUUAUUACGAGCACUAUACUAUAAUUCCUCUACAUGAAAAUAAAGAAAAUGAAACUGCGUGUACCACAUAUCAAGUGGUAAAAAUUGAAGAUUUACCCUUGGAUAAUCGUGAAAAAAAUUUGGAUGUGAUGUGUUUUCCACAUUUAUUCGUAAAAGGUCAUAAUGGCCAAUGUGAUGAAAGUAGACCGGUGAAACUUCAGGCAUAUAAAUUUAUUAAAUGUCUUUUGACAUCUAUGGAUUCGCGAUUUAGAGUAGAACCCCAAUACAUGUUUUUCGAGUUAAAUAGGGCGAAUAUUCGUCAGUUACGUCGUGAAAUUUAUCAUAAAUUGAAUAUACCUGAUGCAAAGAGUCGUUACACGGCUGCGGAAUGUUUAGAUGCUAUAUCGAAAGAAAUUUUGGAGUCCGACUUAACAAAAAGUGAGUUAUCUGAUUUUGAUCUUGCCAAUUGUAAGAAUGAUAAAAAUAAAUCAUUGGCAAGUGCUCUAUGGAAUUUUGGUUUACGAUCCAUAAGCAAUAGAGAAUGUGGAGCUCUUGAAGCUGCUGAUACGUUGCUAGGUAUUCCUUUAUAUGGGACUGAUCGCAAUACGCCGAUUAAAUGGUUAGAUGUUAAUGUAAUACGGCAGAGGAAAUUAAAAAAUCGUAAAGAAAUUGAAGCUCUUGAUGAGGAUCUUAGAGAUAGUUGUGAUACUUAUGCGGAAUCAUUUCAUAAAGUAAAACUGCAUCUUACGGAGGCAUUGCAAUACCAUGAAAAGCUAGAAGAAUUAAAAAAAGCAUUUGAAACUGCGCAAGAGUUAGUUCGGCAAUUACUAGAUGAAGAAUUACAAAAAAACGUGUCUCAGGAUGACCCUGACAAUCCGAUAGGCGUUCAAAAUAUAGAAGCUGUCUCAAAUGAUAGCACAAUUAAAUACGGAUCAAAAGGAACAUUCGAUAGAGUCAUUGAUACUAUAAGGUCAGAUAAUUCGAUAUUACGAUUGUAUGUUAGCGGAGAAGGUGGAACUGGAAAGAGUUUCUUAAUUAAAACAAUUAAGUGUUGGAUAAAACAAUAUCUCAAUAAAGAUACCGCUAUAGCAGCACCUACUGGCAUAGCAGCGUUUAAUAUAGACGGUUUGACAGUUCAUAGAUUGCUUCAAUUACCUGUUGAACAUGGUCUUACUCCAAACUAUAAACAAUUGUCUGAUCAUGUGUUAAAAGUUUUACGAGCAGAUCUCAAGGAUGUUGCUCUUUUUGUGAUUGAUGAAGUGUCAAUGAUAUCUAAUUUGCCUUUAAUGUAUAUACAUCUUCGAUUGUCUGAAAUAUUUAAUACCAAUGAUUGUGAAGACGGUUGGUUCGGUCGAAAGCACAUUCUUUUAUUUGGCGAUCUGCUUCAAUUACCUCCUUUACAUGAAGAUCCUAUUUUUGUACGAUUACCAAAUGACAAAAUUAAUAAAUGUGUGGGUUCUUUAACUGCUGUUAAUUUAUGGACUACAUUAUUUGAUUAUGAUGAGUUGACGAUCAAUAUGCGUCAGCAAGGGGAUGACUCUUAUCGACAGUUGUUGUCAAGAAUUCGUAUUGGUUUAUUGACAAAGUCUGAUUGCGAGAUUCUUGAAAAUCGAAAAAUAUCGUUUAAAGGUGAUUCUUUUGAAUCUAGAUUAAACAAAUUAUGUAAUUUUAUUAAUGAUUUUCCGUUGGACAUUGUUUGUUUAUUGCCUACUAGUCAUAUGUGUGAUGUUCUUAAUGCUGCAAUGUUAAACCGCAUUGCUUCGAAAGAGAUAUUAUUAAUUGCCCAAGACACGAUUGACUGUAUACCAUAUGUGAGAAAGAAAGUAUCAAAAGUGUUAUCGAAUAAUGAUGAUGAUAAUUCUAAAACUGCUGGACUUUCAAAAGAAAUUGCAAUUAAGAUUGGAGCAAAAGUUAUGAUAAGGCGUAAUAUUGAUGCUACCUUAGGUCUUGUGAAUGGUACAAUUGCUAAGGUAAUUUCAGUUGUACAAGAUACGUCUACCGGUGAUGUAGAAAAAAUAAAGCUUCUUUUACCAUCAGGAUUAGAAUAUUUAAUUGAAAGAGUGAGCGUUAAAUUUCAAGUGGUGAAUAGAGCGUUUGUUACUAGAAAACAUUUUCCAUUGUGUCUGAGUUAUGGAAUCACUAUUCAUAAAAGUUAAGGAUUGAGCUUACAAAGUGCUAUUAUGGACAUAGGCAACUCUAUAUUUAAUUGUGGUCAAGUUUAUGUUGCAUUAUCACGAGUAACGUCUCUAGAAGGGUUGCAUUUAAUUAACUAUGAUCCUUCGUCAGUAACAGCUGAUAAAAAAGCUAUUAGGGAAUAUAAUCGACUAAGAAAUAAGUACAAACAAGAAGCAGAAGUAAUUACUGUUGCAAAAGAACGCUAUCGCAAAGUGAAAGAUGUUCAAUGGGCAUUGUCAAAAGUUUUUGCUUCAAUUCAAGAGAAUUGUCAAAAUCAAAAAUUACGGCAAAAUGUUGCUUGGGUUUUACAUGGCUUACAAAAUACAGACAAUGUUUCGUGUUAUGCAAAUGCAGCAUUACAAUGUCUAAUGCAUUUAAGUCCUAUUAGAAAACAAUUGGUGAAGUGUAAUAACUCAGAUGUUUUAAGAAUGUUGAUGCAUCGAUAUGAAAAUGGAAUGUGCAAUUUGAAUACAUAUGCAGUACGGCAAUAUUUAGGAGAACCGUUUUCAAUAAAUGUAAAACGUGAUGUAUUCGAGUUUCUUACAAUCCUGUGCACUAAAUAUGAUUGCAUAAGACAACUGGUAGAGCAUCAAGUAACUUUUACUAGUCGAUGUAAAUCUUGUGAUUAUACAAAGGAAUUUACUUGUAAGGAUGUAGUUAUUUCAAUACCUAUUAACAAUUUGGGAAAAAAAGCUAUACUCUUAAUGAUUUAUUAAAUGUUACAUUUUCACGUUGGUGUGAAUCAGAUGGGUCAUGCGAACAGUGUACAGGAAAUGCUAUUUUGUUUAAGAACGAAUUAACGGUAACGACAGAUAUAGUUAUUAUUCGUUUAGUAUUAUUUUCAUCCCAAGAUGAUAAAAUGGUGAAAGCAAUACGUAAAUUUAAUAUAUGUACUAUUCCUACAACUAAAGUUUUAAUAGCUGGACAAAUGUAUAAGCUUAUAAAUGCUAUAUUUCAUAGUGGUUUAUGUAUUGAGGAUGGUCAUUACACGAGUAUAUGUAGAGAAGGAAUGUCUAGUAAUUGGACUGAAGCUGAUGAUGCACAAAUUAAAAAAA